GAGAAGCGACGGUCCGAGAGCUUCACCACAACAACAACCACAGCCAUCACGACCGGGCCCAGACCUCUCUCUCAACACUCCUGCAGUCGUCGCCAGGGGAACACCUUCCACUAAACUACGUCUUCUAUAAAGAAUAUAUUGUCUGGGUGUGAUUUGUCUCGAGUCCAGGUCAUCAUAACGUACACGCCGUUAUCGGCGUUCUUCACACACCACAAGACCGCAACAUCACGACCAUUCCCGCUGCUUAACUCGCUAAUGACGAUCGGAAACAAUACUACAACACAUUGUUGAGGAUAGGCAACAGUGUAUCUAGCCCAACUGCACGAUCAGCAAGAAUAACAACAAACACUACUAUUAAUGAUGAAUAACAACACACUAGAGACGUGUUCAGUCUGUUCCGGCAUUUAUGAUGAAGCUCUGCAUCGGCCGCACUUACUGCCUUGUGGCCAUUCAUUCUGCACCCAGUGUAUGAUUGAUGCUCUCAUGAAUGGCCAGGUGACCUGUAACAGUUGUCAUACCUGGCACAUGGCCACAAGUGCUGUAGAGUUCCCCAUCAGUUAUGAUAUUGAGGCUCUUAUCAAGAAAUUUAAAAGUGCUCAGGUUACACCAGAGGGUUCAGUGCCUGCAAAACUCUGUCAACCUUCUCCAAACGGUGUCAGCAAGAAGUUACUGUGCAAAGUGGAAGAGCAGAUAAACAAAAUCAGCAGCCUCAUUACUAACUGUGAAGAGGCACUGUGCCAGCUGGGGGAGUACCGGGGGCAGCUGAGGGACUGGAAGACUCACCACUACCAGCUGCAGCACAGACUCUAUGGUCUGGUAGAGCAGAACAAGGCAGCCAUAAGGCUACUGGAAACAGAAGAUACCAGUGUUGUGGGUGUGACAACACAGGGAGAGGCUGGAAAGAAACACCUGCAGUCCAUGCUGGAGAGUCUCAAGACCGUCAGCACCACACCGGACACUGACAGAACUUUGAACAAGGCUUCUGAGUGCAGUGGGGAGGCUGAAGGUUGGCUCCAGAAGUGCCAGAAACUCUUCCCGGAUGCCAACACUGUCAACACCUCAUUGAAGGUGCAAGAGAGUGUCAGAGAUGUUCUGGAGACGAUCACUGCGGAAGCAGGUGUCACACCUGUCCCUGUCCAGCUGGAAGAGACGGCCUCCACUGUCAUGGAGAAAGUUCAGAGAAUGACCGGAAGAAACCCUCUGAAUCAAUUAACUGUUGGGGAUCUCCGUAGGAAGAUCAGUGAUCCCAUCAAGAGGCUGGUGGAUUCUGGCCGGUUGUUAGCAAUCCCACAAGACCAAAAUGACCACCGCUCUGCCAUGAUAACGUUACAAGAUGGACAGUUGUACCUCCACCCACUCAUGCAUCGUAAAAUUUUGCAUAGUUCUCAGUAUAAUUUAUUUCAUUUUCUACAGCACAGUGACAUUAUGGGCAUGCUGGACCCUGUCUCUACCAUGGUGUUCCUGGACUUUGGGUGGGCAGGAUCAGUGAAAGGACGGGUCACCAUCCGGCUGUUCCCUGACAUCCCACUAUCCAAACAAUUUUUGUUGUUGUGCACAGGUCUGCUGGGCCCCACCUACAUCAACACUAACCUGCUCUUGGUGGGGCGCAAGGGUCAUCCAGGUGAAUGGAUAGAGGGUGGAGACUACGAGAGAAAUAAUGGUGAGGGAGGAGCUUCUCUGCUGCCAGAAAUAUGGGGCGAGUCUCGUCAGUCGUCAAAAGCAGGGGAUGUGUGGGCACGGUGGUUGGAUCACCGUAGUGCACAGUUUGCCAUCACCACUAGGGACCGCCCUGAUCGUUGGACACGUGUCUUUGGUGAGAUUGUGAGUGGCUUGAAAGUAGUGAGGGCAGCAGCCAAGCACGUUGACAUCACAAAGGUGUCUGUGGUGGAUUGUGGUGUUGUGCUGCCUGUCUAGUUUAUUGUACCAUAAUUCAUGUUACAAUCACUACCACUGUGGGGGCACUGUGGUGUUAAGCUACAACCAGGGCACCUCAAAGGUGGUUUGGGGCUAAGGAUAAAUAAACGUAGAUACCACACACACAUACGUUUGUGGAUUCUGUAUGUAUGUGUGUGUGUACCCAAAAAAAAAAAAUUAUAUAUAUAUAUAUAUAUAUAUACAGGCAUACCUCAGUUUAAGAGUUUAAUUGGUUCCUGGA